AUGACUCAAGAAGCAAACUUUGCUGAUCAUCUAAUGGCAAAUGAAGAUGUGAUGAAUUGGUCAAACCAAAUCCCUUCAUUGUGUGUGGAAAAAGAAGAUAUCAUCAAUGGUUUAAGAAAGGGUGGAAAAGGUGUUGGAAGAAGACCUAAGAAAAUCACUCACCACUCUUCAAUAGGUCCUCCUUUAACAGCCAUUGAUAGAUUUUUAUGGAGUCAACACAACCACUUCCCUCAAAAGAAACAUCAACAAAAUGUUGAUGAUGGAAAUUUUUGUAGUUCUGGUUGUUCUAAUGCUUCAACAUAUUGUUUCAUGUGGCCUAAUAAUGUCAUGACUCAAGAAGCAAACUUUGUUGAUCAUCUAAUGGCAAAUGAAGAUAUGAUGAAUUGGACAAACCAAAUUCCUUCAUUGUGUGUGGAGAAAGAAGAUGUCAAUGGUUUAGGGAAGGGUGGAAAAGGUGUUGGAAGAAGAAAUAAGAAAGUGUUUACUUUGUCUUUGAUCAAAGGACAAUGGAGCGACGAAGAAGACAGAAAAUUGUUGAAGUUGGUGAAGCAACAUGGUGUAAGAAAAUGGUCACAAAUAGCUGAGAAGUUGGAAGGAAGAGCUGGAAAGCAGUGUAGAGAGAGAUGGCAUAAUCAUCUGAGGCCUGAUAUUAAAAAAGAUAGUUGGAGUGAAGAAGAAGAGAGAAUAUUAGUAGAAAGUCAUGGCAAGAUUGGAAACCGUUGGGCAGAGAUAGCAAAGAAAAUUCCAGGAAGAACAGAGAAUGCAAUAAAGAACCAUUGGAAUGCAACAAAAAGAAGACAAAAUUCAAGAAGAAAGAACAAAAGGCCUCAAACCACAAAUGGUAAACCACAAUCUUCAAUACUUCAAGAUUAUAUCAAAACUUUAUCAACUCAAACAAAUAACACAACCAAGAGUAACUUCAUCACACCAACCAAUACUACUCCAUCUAGCUCCACUUCAGCUAUCUCUGAUGAACCUUCUCAAAAUUACCAAUCUAACCUUGUUUUUGAAAACUCAUCAUCUCCACUUAUAGCUGAAUCUUAUGAUGAUGAACUUCUCUUCAUGCAACAACUUUUUAAAACUAAUAAUAGUAAUCAGAUUCUCACUGAUCAUGUCAAUGAAAAUGGUUUUGUUCAUUCCAAUUACCCUAAUAAGACAAACUCACAUAAUAAUAGUAAUAAUAAUAACAUGUACUUGAGUACUUCAACUUCUUCCAACCCUAUGAUGAUGAAUUACCUUAAUUCUGAUCACUAUCUUUCUCCAAUGAUGAAUAAUGUUGAGUUGCAGCUUGGGAGUAAGAAUUGUUCUUCAAAUGGAAAGAGAGAGAUGGAUUUGCUAGACUUGGUUUCUUCUACUCACUUUUUCUACUAG